UCUUGUAAAUCGCUCUUCUCGAAAUGUCGACGCAAGAAGGAGUAUCAAUCCCGAAUGGUCUGUAUCGGACUUCCGAGUCGUCUUCGAAAAUUUCCUCCCAACGUUAUUAGGAACCAAAAAUACAAUAUUUUUUCCUUCAUCCCUCUCGUACUUUUCGAACAAUUCAGCGUCUUUCUAAACCUCAUUUUCUUGAUCAUGGCCUGUUCUCAAUUCAUUGAACCAUUGCGCGUUGGUUACCUUUACACCUACUGGGCUCCCCUGGGUUUUGUCGUUGCCGUAACGAUGAUUCGUGAAGCCGUUGAUGAUAUACGUCGAUGGCUGCGUGAUCGAGAGGUUAACAAUGCACUCUACACAAAGAUUAUUCGUAAAGGUCAAGCAACUCUCCCUAGCGCUAAGAUACAAGUUGGCGAUAUCAUCCUACUGCAUAAAAACCAAAGGGUGCCUGCAGACAUGGUGCUACUCUGGACCUCAGAACCCAACGGUUCCUGUUUUAUUCGAACCGACCAGUUAGACGGAGAAACAGACUGGAAGCUACGAACAGCUAUUCCAGUUACUCAAAGCAUCAUUCAUGGGGCUGGCAGACCUGAGGCGCUCUUUGACAUUCAGGCUCAAAUUUAUGCUGAAGCACCAAACCAACGCAUCCACAGCUUUGAAGGAACCUUUGCUCGUGUUGAUGUCAUGAAUGUCGGUGAUGGUGUGGACAACACGAAAAAUGAGGCCUCACUGAGUGUAGAUCAGACCCUUUGGUCCAAUACAGUACUUGCCACCGGUACUGCUGUUGGCAUCGUCAUCUACUGCGGCUCAGAGACUCGAUCAGUUAUGAAUUCCAGUAAGGUGCACACCAAGAUGGGCCACAUCGAUAGGGAAAUCAAUAACAUUACUAAACUCCUCUUCGUCUUUGUGGUCAUUCUUGCUUUCGUGAUGGUGGCGUUAAAGGGUUUUAAAGGAGCUUGGUACAUCUACUAUUGGCGCUUCUUCCUCUUAUUCUCCUACAUAAUCCCCCUGGCACUCCGGGUGAACAUGGACAUGGCAAAGAUUGUCUAUUCUCUGAUUAUCACAAAGGACAAGGAUUUACCUGGAUGUGUUGUUCGUAGCACAACGAUCCCUGAAGAGCUCGGUCGUAUUACCUACCUGCUGUCGGAUAAGACUGGCACUCUGACGCAGAACGAAAUGGUAUUCAAGAAACUUCAUUUGGGCAGUGUGGCCUUCGCACCUGAUUCCAUGGAUGAUUUAACGGAGACUUUGCGACGCUACUACGACACUUUGGAGAAGGAAGGCGAUGCCAUGGAUGCAAAACAGCUUCGCAAGACUGGUGACGAGAGGCUGGUGGAGGCGGUGUUAGCCAUUGCGAUAUGUCACAACGUGACUCCCAUGAAUGAUGAUGGGGAAGUAUCGGCAACGACCUCUAGUGCUGCAAGGGGCGGUGAUUAUAACGCCUUUGUGCAACCGGUGGGAUAUCAAGCCAGUUCACCAGAUGAGGUGGCUUUGGUGACAUGGACCGCCUCGGUGGGAAUUACGCUGAUUCACCGAGACCAACAGAUGAUGGCUUUGCGUUUACCUAACGGUGGGUUUGAUAUCUUUCUGAAAUGCGGAUGUCUUAUGCUUGUAGUGUCACCGGCUAUUAUUGACAGAGUAAGCUCUUCAUCCAAAGUGUAUCCAGGCUAA